AUGACUGGUGAAAUGAUUGAAAAUGCAAUAAGAAGUGGUAAAAUAGAUGUGGGGGAAAACUUAAAGAGACCAGCAUCGAGGAAGAAAAAAGGACAAAACGUAGUAGGAAAUCCGUUGCCCGAUCAUGCAGAUAAAGGGAUAAAUGCAAUAGCUAAAAGUGGAGAUAAGAGAAUUAAAGCAAACGUGAUGGGUCUAAUUGCACAAGAUUUAGACGAAAGGCCUAAAGAGGCAGGAACAUACUGUGAGUUCCAUACCAAGGAGGGUCAUGACAUCCAGGAAUGUGUAGAGUUCAAGACCGAGGUACAAAAUCUGAUGGACAAUAAGGAGAUAGAGUUUUAUGAAGAGUUCAAGGGAUUUGAAGAAAGAGAGGUCUGCGCCUCAGAAGAAGGGCCCGUAGAAAGGUUCUGGAAGGUCAAUCACCCAGUGGUGAUUAUUUCACAGCCAAGAAGCAAUGAAGUAGGGAUACAAAUACCACCGAAUGUCAUAACCCAAAAGCCGGUACCCUUUUCCUAUAAGGAUAACAAAAAGUGGAAAGCAUUACGACCUAGUAAUUUCAAAAACAGAGCCGGUAAAAGGAAAGCCUUGGCGGUUGAACAGAAAAAGGAAAAGGCAGUCCAACUUGAAUCACCUAUCAACGAACCGGUAACUGAGAAUGAGGCUAGAGAGUUUCUAAAAUUCUUGAAACACAGUGAAUACAGUGUCAUAGAGCAGUUGCAUAAACAACUAGCUCGUAUUUCAAUACUGGCAUUACUUCUAAGCUCGGAAGCACAUCGUAGCGCACUGAUGAAAGUAUUAAAUGAAACUUACGUCGAUAAUGACAUCUCUGUGAACAAGUUAGACCGUCUGGUUGGUAAUAUAAGCACUGAUAAUUACAUUUUCUUUAACGACGAUGAAAUACCACCGGGGGGCACGGGACCGACUAAAGCUCUACACAUUACAACCCACUGCAAGGGGUAUAUGUUGUCAAGGGUAUUAAUUGAUAAUGGAUCGGCCCUAAACGUCUUACCCUUAUCCACCUUGAAUAGUCUGCCCGUGGACAACUCGCAUAUGAAAAUGUGCCAGAAUGUAGUGAGGGCGUUCGAUGGUAUUGAGAGAGGAGUAAUGGGAAGGAUUGAAAUUCCUCUUUUAAUCGGCGCAACCACGUACGAGGUGGAUUUCCUGGUAAUGGACAUCAAAUCCUCUUACAGUUGUUUAUUAGGAAGACCUUGGAUUCAUUCAGCAGGAGCAGUACCGUCAUCGCUUCACCAAAAGUUGAAACUAGUAAUAGACGGCCGGCUAGUGACGAUCAAUGCAGAAGAGGACAUCAUUGCGAUUGUAACUAGUGAUACACCAUAUAUAGAGCCAGAAGAAGAAGCAUUAGAGUGCUCAUUUCGAUCUUUGGAAUUUGUAAAUGCAACCUCCAUUGUUGAAGGGAACAAGAUCCCCAUGCCCAGCAUAUCUAAAACCAUGAAGAUAGGGCUGCAAAUGACUGUUGGGAAAGGAGCCGUGCCGGGAGAGGGCUCGAAAGAUGUCUUCAAGGAAGGAUAA